AUGGAUACUACUCUGGACCCCCUUUCAACAUCCUUUCUUUACGACGAGGAGGAUGGAAACGAGACCUCCACCAAUCUUUUCGAGCAGCCGGACUGGCAAGUGGCACUCUGGGCGAUCGCAUAUUCUUUAAUCGUAAUCGUGUCGAUCGUUGGCAAUGUCACUGUUAUUUGGAUCAUUUUGGUACAUAAACGAAUGAGGACAGUGACCAACUACUUUAUUGUUAACCUCGCCUUUUCUGAUGCGUCAAUGGCAACUUUUAACACGGUCUUCAAUUUCGUGUAUGCUUUGCACAAUGACUGGUAUUUUGGUUUAGGAUACUGUAAAUUUCAAAACUUCUUUCCAAUAACAGCUAUGUUUUCAAGCAUUUAUUCAAUGGCAGCUAUUUCUGUUGACAGAUAUAUGGCGAUAAUUCACCCCCUGAAGCCCAGGCUCUCCUCCACCACUACUAAAGUUCUGAUCGGAGUAAUCUGGGCUGUGGCAUUUUCACUGGCUUUCCCCCAAUGUUAUUACGCCAGUACCAAGUUCUUUUUCCCCCGGACUGUCUGUAUGGUAGAAUGGCCUGACGAUUAUGGAGGAAAACAUCAGCUCUCGUAUCAGAUUGCUGUGAUUAUCCUGAUCUACUUGCUCCCUCUGCUGGUGAUGUUGGUGACCUAUAGUCUGGUGGGCCAGAAGCUGUGGGGCAGUAAGAUCCCAGGAGAAGCAUCAGACCACUACCAGAACCAGAUCCAGGCUAAACGCAAGGUUGUGAAGAUGAUGAUAGUGGUGGUGUCGACCUUUGCAAUAUGUUGGCUCCCCUACCACAUCUACUUCAUUCUGGGGAGCUUCAACAGGGACAUAUACAAGCAGCACUAUAUCCAGCAGGUCUAUUUGGCCAUCUUCUGGCUGGCCAUGAGUUCCACUAUGUAUAACCCCAUCAUCUACUGCUGUCUAAACCAAAGAUUCCGCUCAGGUUUCUGCGAAGCAUUCCAGUGGUGUCCCUUCAUCAAGAUUUCUGAGGAGGACAACAUGGAGCUGCAGCACAUGAGAACCUUCCAUAUGAGACGCAGUUAUCGCACUGAGACCACCAGCGUGGUGGUCCAUAACAAUGUCAACGAUCCAGAAGAUACCACCUCCAAGCUAUUUAAAGCCUAAAUCUGUUUCAGAGAUUGGAAGGGAAAGAGCAGGAGAAAGAGAAACACCUGUUGGCCACACUUUGCAUUCAAUACCUCACAGUACGCUCAGAAUUUGUAUUUCCAUUUAUUGUGUUCUAUGGUGGGCUUUAACAGUUGGAGUAUAGAUAUACAUAGAUACAAAUAUAUGAUUAAGUAAUCUGAUUUGAAGUUAUUUACACAAGUCUCAAGAGCAAGACACCUUGUAGCUUCCAAGCAAUAAUGCUCACAUUUGGUUUCCUUGAGAUUACGUUUUAAUCUUUAUUUACUGUAUAAAUGUGGUUGGUUUUAAAACCAGUUGUUCAAAUUUCGUUUGUAAGUGUGUAAAUAAAAAGAAAAUUACCUGACAUUCCAGAACAAAAAGUGAAAUACAGCUUUCCCCUCAAAACUUAAUUUCAUAUUAACUUCAGAUUUAGUUUCACAGAGGUAGCAUUGUAUAGAUGGGGACAAUAUGAAAAGUUAAACAUGAAUAAUGAUCUAUAAAUUG